UUCUUGGCGAAGGAGGUUGGAAAGGACGACGUGUUUAAUCAUGCCGGUCUACUUUCAGCGACCGGAAAAUGCUCUUAAAAGAGCGAACGAGUUUAUUGAAGUUGGAAAGAAAGAACCAGCUUUGGAUGCAUUGUAUGAUGUCAUUAAAAGCAAGAAGCAUCGCACAUGGCAGAACAAGAUUCAUGAGCCUAUUCUUUUCAAGUACUUGGAGCUGUGUGUUGAUCUCAAGCGAAGCCAUGUAGCUAAAGAAGGGCUGUACCAGUACAAACUAAUUUGCCAGCAAGUUAAUAUUGCGUCUCUUGAAGAUGUCAUUCGCUACUUUCUCAAGCUUGCUGAAGACCGCGCCGAGACUGCCAGGCAGGAGUCUCGCGAGCAGGUUCCCACAGUGGAUGAUUUGGAUCAGCUGCAGACACCAGAGAGCAUAUUGCUCAGUUUUGUCAGUGGUGAAGACACCCAGGAUCGUACAGACAGAGUUAUGUUGACACCCUGGGUCAAAUUUUUGUGGGAGGCUUAUCGUAAUGUGUUAGAAUUGCUACGAAAUAAUGCACGAGUGGAGAAGUUAUAUCAUGACACUGCUCAACAAGCAUUUAAAUUCUGCUUGAAGUACUCCCGUCGCACAGAAUUUCGGAAGCUUUGUGACAAUCUGAGGAAUCACUUGAAUAAUGCCAUCAAGCACCAAGGGCAACCAAACACAGUGAACCUCACUAACCCUGAGACUCUGCAACUUCAUCUAGAGACGCGACUGGCACAAUUAGAAAGUGCCAUCAACAUGGAGCUUUGGCAGGAGGCAUUCAAAGCAGUUGAAGAUGUUUACGGACUCAUGCAGCUGUCCAAGAGGCCUCCAAAGCCUCAAGUGAUGGCCAAUUAUUAUCAGAAGGUUGCUCUUGUCUUCUGGAAAGCCGAGAAUUACUUAUUUCAUGCAUGCACUCUGCAUCGGCUAUAUGUGUUGUCAAAGGAACAGAAACGUACAAUGACAACAGAGGAACAGCAGAAAAUGGCAACUAGAGUUGUUCUAGCAACCCUAGCCAUUCCAAUCCCUGUGUCCCUCAGUGAAACAGAGAGACAUCUGGAGUUAGAUGAGAUUGCACGGGAAAAGUCUCGUCGUUUAGCCAGCCUUCUUGGGCUGCAGACCAUCCCCACCAGAGCAACACUUAUAAAUGACAUGUUGAAGUUGAAUGUCCACCAGCACAUAAUGCCACAGUUGCAAGAUCUGUUCCAGAACCUUGAAAAGGACUUCUCUCCUCUUCAGUUUUGUUCCAGGGUCAAUGAAUUCUUUGAAUUCUUACAGGAGAAUGAAGAAUUAGAACUAAAUCAGUACAUUAAACCCUUGCAGUAUGUUGCCAUUGUGCGGCUGCUUAAACAGGUGUCACAGGUGUACCAAACCAUUGAGUUCUCGAGACUGUUAUCCUUGGUGCCAUUUGCCACAGAAUUUCAGUUGGAAAGAGCAAUUGUGGAUGUUGCUUUACAGAAUGAACUUCAGGUGCGUAUCGAUCACAGAACUAAAGCCGUCAGCUUUGGACUUGACUUGCAUGUGGCUCACAAAGAGGAGGUGCCAGAAGGGCCAUAUCUCCAGUCCAUGCCAUCUGAGCGACUCAGAAACCAAUUGACACUGAUGUCAACAGCUUUGCACAAGUCCAUUAAUAAAAUUCAGCCUGAAAUCAUCAAGCAAAAGUGCCAAGAAGAGCAGCAGAAGAUCAUUCAGGUGUAUUUACGUUCAUCUAAAAAAGAACACAAACAGAUGCUGGAAAGGAAGGCUGUGAUUGAGGCUCGCAAAGAAUAUCUGGAGUCACUCCAUGUUAAAAGAGAGCGAGAAGAACAGAAGUUGCUGAGGUUACAGCAGAAGGAGAAUCUGGAAGCUGAACAGAAGCGACUCAAUGAAGAGAGACAGAAACGAGAGGUGCUCCGAAGAAAGCAAGAACUUCAGGAGAUUGAGAAGAAGCAAGCUAUGGACAAGAUUGCUGCUCUCAAGAAAACAACUGUGGGGGCAAAGGCUCUGAAAGACUUGACAGAGGAGGAAAUUGAAGCCAUGGAUGCAGAUGAUAUCCUGGCCAGACAAGUUGAACAGCUGGAUAAAGAGAAGAGAGAGUUGCAGACGAGGCUUAAAACUCAGGAGAAGAAGAUGGAUUACCUCGCACGAGCGAUGCGAAUGGAGGAGAUUCCUUUACUGAAGCAACAGUACGAGGAACACCUCGUGCAGGACCAAAAGUUCUGGGAAGAACAGGAAGAAGACAGGAUCAGUGUUGCAGUGUCGGAGCAUAAGAAGCUAGUAGAAACCAGUGGAAGGCUGCAGCGAAUGGUACCAGACAAGGAGAAUUUCGUUGACAGCCUACUUAAAGCUCGUCAGGCGUCUCACGAGGAAAAAAUGAAAGAAUUUCAAGCUCGUUUGGACGAGGCUCGUAAGAAACGUUUGGAGGAGCGACGGAAAGAGCGCAUUUUGGAGAGGAAAAAGCAGCGACGACAUGAAAGGGAAGAGAAAGAACGAAAGGAACAGGAAGAAAAAGAAAAGAGAGAACGCGAAGAAGCCGAAGAGAAAGCCAGGAUAGAAAAGGAAGAGAAAGAACGUGAGUACCGCGAGAGGGUCGCAAAGCUGGACGAGAUGGAGCGCAAGCGGCGAGAGAGGGAGAAGGAAAUUGAGGAAAAGAACCAGCGAGGGAGCAGGCCUGACAGUGAACCGGAUGGUCCACCAAGGGGAUUGGAACGGGACAGAGACAGGGACCGAUAUGGACCUCCUCGCCGGGAAGAGAAAGACGAAGGUGGAUCAUGGAGGCGCGAUGAACGGGAGAGGCCACCACCUGAUGUUGAGAGGCGCCGUGAGGAACGAGAACUGCUACCCUCAAGCCGUGACCAGGAGGAGCGCGAACAGGACCGUGAAUCCACAGGUGGAUGGCGUCGUGAUGGCCGUGAUGAUCGUUUCCGCGACGACCGUUCCCGUGACGAUCGUUAUCGCGAUGAUCGCAUGCGCGACGACCGUUUCCGUGAUGGGGGUUCAGGUGGAGGCUGGAGACGAGAUGAUCGUGACAGGGAAGGGCCUCGUGAUGAGGGGUCAACUUGGAGGAGGUCUGGGGAAAGAGAUGGUCCGAGAAGAGAUAUGGACCGCCCUAGAAUGGACGAUCGUGGUCCUUGGAGGAGAGAUGACCGUGAUCGUCCAUCCUCAGGUAGCGGGUGGCGAGACCGUGAUGACCGUGACCGUCCACCACCCAGUUCCUAUCGUGACGAUCGCGGCCGAGAUGAUCGUGGGCGUGACGACCGUGGACGGGACGACCGUGGACGGGACGACCGUGGGCGGGACGACCGUGGACGGGACGACCGUGGACGGGACGAUCGAUGGCGUGAUGAACGCGGUCGUGAUGAUCGUGGACGCGAUGAUCGUGGGAGGGACGAUCGUGGUCGUGAUGAUCGUGGACGCGAUGAUCGUUGGCGUGGGCGUGAUCGAGAAGAGCGUGACCGUCCGUCGGGGGAUUCUUGGCGCGGUGAUCGUGGAGAUGGGGGUCGAGAUGAUCGUUUCCGAGGAGACCGUGAAGGAGAUCGCUACAGAGGAGAUCGUGAUGAACGUGAUCGUUCUGGUUGGAGGAACGAACGCCCAGAUGAUCGUGAUCGUGAUCGUGAUGCGUGGAGAAGGGGGGGAGGGGACGAUCCAGGACGUGAUCAGUGGAGACGAGACCCACCACCUGCACGUUCUGAAGGUAAAUCCUGGUCUGCCUCCCGUCGCGGUCGAGAAAGACCCCCUGCGGAGCAAUCUGAUGGUGACGGUUGGACCACAGUACAGUACAAGUGAUCAACUCAUACUAAUACACUACCCUGGCAAGGAGUUAAUAAAGCCACUCAAUGCUUCCUUGGUUUGGCGCUUAACCGGAUGUGUUCAUAGCUGACCCAUUAUGUCAGUCAUAUUUGGAGUGUGAACGUUUACAAAAAUGAUUGCGAUUGUUACGUCUAUUUCGCUGGUUUUCAGUCAUAACUUUGGUCUUCCCGUUGUUGUGGGACUGCGUUUAGUUUGUCUUAUUCGGUGCUGGCCUUGUCUUUCGAUGAAAACCUAUACUUAAGCUUCAAGGAAUUCGGUGAGAGCAGAGAAAAUUGUAU